AUGGGUGUAUUUGCUCUGCUCGCCGCCUUUGAUGUGUUUCAUCAUCAGCACUCCCCAUCGAGGCUCAAACGGCGUGAGCUCUAUGGUCACGUCUUUGGAGCAGAUCUUCCCGCGUACAUCAUCUUCCAUGCCAUGCUCGGCUACGUCCUCUUGGGGGUCGCCUUGGGCGCCCUUAUCCUGCGGCUUCCUUUAGACGCUUUGAAACGCCGCCGCUGGCUACAUGCUUAUUUUGGCUACACCUGGGUCUUCGGAACGAUCUGGAUGCCGGUGACGGCUAUCUGGUGCGUCUAUACGUACACCGGCUGGGACAUCGUGGCGUUCUACAUUUUCAGCAUGUUCGCGUAA